AUGGCUGGCAUACGUGAAGACGGAGAGCUUCUCUACAAAAGGCAACACUGGUCCACAGAAACUCUGAGCAAGGCUGAUUCACUCCAAAGAAUCUGGGACAGUAAGAAAGGCGAACUGAAACAUAAAAUCGAGGGAGAGAUCAGGAUGAUGAGGUUCAAGAACCCUGUCACUGGCGCUGUCCAAUAUCGCGCGCAGUUGCAUACGCCGAACCUUACGAUUGAUGGAGGACCUAGAGGGCCUUGGAAAGCCACACCGGAAGAAGCGGUGCCAGCACUGAAAGACACUAUGGAUCAGGUCAUAAUCAAGCUCGCUGAAAUACAGGGGGACAUUGAUGUUGAGAACGCCAGUCAUGUCAUGGCCUUAUAA